AUGAACUUCAAUAUAACAAUGGCCAUCAGACGAUCCAGCGCCGUUGUUAAUCGGCCUGACGAAGUCUUUAUGAGCAAUACAGUGAUUGAUCUUCGCGACGUUCCUGUGCCGAUCGAAGCUGUGGAGGUGGAGAUGGAGGAGCCAGCCCCCGAUCUUACACUUGCCCUUGCACCUGCUGAAGAACAACCUGUCACCGCUGCUGCUGAUCCUGCUUAA